GAGAGAGAGAGAGAGAGUCGUGCACAACAGCUUCUCUUUAAUCAGUGGUGGAGGAUUUAUGGUGGAGAACAUUUGGAUGCAAAAAGUAAUAAUAGAAAAAGACACAAGACGGACUGAGGUUAAAUCAUAGCAACAAUGCGACUGGUCAACAUGGCUGGGGUGCGGCUCCGCCGGGCAGCUGAGGAGGAGGAGAAGGAGCGGCCACCCCCUCCACCACCCGUCUCCCACCACCAGUUUAACAGCAUGAAGAACAAGUUCUUUAAUGAGCUUACACAUCUGCCAAAUCAUAAACUCAAGAUGCCCAUGUGGGCUGUGGGUGCCAUUGUGGUUGUGGUCCUUGCUCUUGUCGGCUGCCUGGGAUUCUGCAUCUACAAGAAGUGCUUCAACAAGGGCAAAAAGCCCAAGAAGGCCCGCGAGAGGAAGGGAGGACGAGGACGCAGGAAGAAGGACAAGGAGGGAGAGGAGGGAGAGGAGAAAAAGGAAGGAGAGGAAGGGAAGGAGGAGGAGGAGAAAGAGUUCUUUGGCAAACUUGAGUACACACUGGAUUAUAACUUCACUGAUAAUCAGCUGAUAGUUGGCAUCCUCCAAGCUCAGGAUCUCCCAGCCAUGGACAUGGGCGGCACCUCAGACCCCUACGUCAAAGUCUACAUGUUGCCAGACAAGAAAAAGAAAUUUGAAACCAAAGUCCAGCGCAAGAACCUCUGCCCUGUGUUUAAUGAGACCUUCACCUUUAAGAUACCCUACAGUGAACUGGGCGGUCAGACUUUGGUGCUGCAAGUUUUUGACUUUGACCGUUUUGGUAAACAUGAUGUCAUCGGUGAAAUCAAGAUCCCCAUGAACUCUAUAGACCUCGGACAGCCAAUACAUGAAUGGCGGGAUCUGGUUGGAGGAGAAAAAGAGGAGCAAGAGAAACUCGGUGAUAUCUGUAUUUCCCUUCGUUAUGUCCCCACUGCCGGAAAGUUAACGGUUAACAUUAUGGAAGCCAAGAAUCUAAAGAAGAUGGAUGUUGGAGGACUGUCAGAUCCCUUCGUUAAGGUAGUUCUUCAACACAACGGCAAACGAAUCAAAAAGAAGAAGACGUCAGUCAAGCAAAACACACUGAAUCCUUACUUCAAUGAGAGCUUCAGCUUCGAGAUCCCGUUCUCCCAGAUCCAGAAACUUCAGGUGCUGAUCACUGUAUACGACUAUGACAAGCUGGGCAGCAACGAUCCCAUCGGCAAGUGCUGGAUUGGCUACGGCGCCUCAGGCGUCGGGCUGCGCCACUGGUCAGACAUGCUGGCCAAUCCUAGGCGUCCUGUGGCCCAGUGGCACACACUGCUGCCCGAGGAGGAAGUGGAUGCUGCUCUGAAGGCCCCCAUCCGCUAAAGACGCUCACAUAGUAACUUACACAUGUAUACAGCAUCAUGUGCGUAGCAGGGUGUUUGUUUCAAUAAUAAACCAAACGCCUGUAGAGUUUUAUAACUUAAUGCAUUUUUAACCAUAUUUCAGUUUUAAACGUAAUUCCUUUUGUAACAUAACUUCGGGAUGUCAUUGUAUGACUGCAUGUUAUACUGAGUGCAUCCUAUAGAGAUGCUUACAAACAUAUGCAUAUUAUUAAUAUUCAACUGCACACUUCCUCUGAAUGGCGAACUAGCUGAAUGGCUCACAAAGUAUAAAUUAAAGAGCCACAACACAGUUUAACAUUUUGCUUCCAUAAAGCUGGAGGACUAACAAGGCU